UUUCACGUUACGGGGGCCCCCUCGACUGAGCUGUUACGAUACAGUGAAAUGCAGCCACCUAGCGUGCAAAAACCGAGUCACGUCACUGUGGUCUGGUAUGAACAUGAUGGUCUGAUUCUACAGUGAACACGGGAUUCUUGGAGGUUGAUGAGUUUGCCGAUUGAAUGUCAACGUAUUAACAUUCAGUUGCGAUCGGAAUCCCAGACGCCUGCUCGGGCGGAUCUUAGAAACCCUGAACCAUUCAGUGGUCGUUUCGGUAUAUAAUCCCUCUCCGUUUCCUUGUCUCGUUCAUUGUCUUUCACAUUCAUAUUUCCCGCCGAGCGCGCAGCAUCCAUCUUACUUGUUGACGCCAUGACCAUCGCAAGUCUCCGACGCUCACCCCAGUAUCUGCCCAGGCCACUUACCAAGCGCGCUCGCUAUCUGCCAGCACGUAGGACACUUGCUACGGUGUCGCCUGAACACGCAAAAGUUACGCUGGGCAUACGACGAGAAGAUCCAUCAAGGAUAUGGGAGCGUCGCUGCCCCGUCACGCCCGACGAAGUUGCCCAACUCGUUCAGCACCUCGACGUCAACGUUCUCAUCCAGGACUGCGACCGUCGAGUGUUCCCCAUUGACCAAUUCAUCAAGGCCGGUGCCAAAGUACACCCGACUCUAGAACCCGCACAUAUUGUGGUCGGAAUCAAGGAGACACCACUCAACGAAUUGAUGACCUCUCCUGUUUCUGCGCCAGGUCUGCGCUCAGGGCCUUCCGUACCCCGCACCCAUCUAAUGUUUUCUCAUACCACGAAGGGUCAACCUUACAAUAUGGAGUUGCUCUCCCGCUUCCUCGGUUCACAAGAGAACCCAUCAUUGCACCGGUUGAUUGAUUAUGAACUCCUCGUAGGUGAGGACGGCAAACGAACAGUUGGUUUUGGGUGGUUUGCAGGAGUUGCUGGUGUUCUCGAGUCUUUGUCUGCGCUUGCUCAUGCCCAUCUUGAACUUGGAGUUGCUUCUCCUUUCCUUCACACUCCUCGUCCGCACACACACCCAUCGAUCCCAUCCCUCCGCUCUGCACUCCGAAAUAUUGGCCAAAACAUUGUAGAGAAUGGGACGCCUAAGGCGUUAGGACCGUUCGUCAUCGGGCUCACAGGAAGCGGGAAAGUGUCGCAAGGAUGUCUAUCCAUUCUAGAAGAACUCCCGAUCGUGAAAGUGACUGUGAAGGACCUGCCUGGACUUGUCAGUAACCAGGAUACCGACCUCCAUAAGAUAUACCUCGUACAUGCGCUCCCUAAUGACUACCUUACCCGUGCUGAUGGUGGGCACUAUUCCCGUAAUGAUUAUUACAAGAACCCGGCUAUGUACCGCUCGGAGUUUGAUACCAAGGUUGCACCAUACCUCACGCUCUUCCUGAAUGGCGUUGGCUGGCUCCCAUCGUUCCCGCGACUUAUGACAAAUGAACAACUAGCCACUGCUCUCACCCGUGCAGCCGAAGUAGGGCGAGCGCGGUUUGGAACAAUUGGUGACAUUAGUUGCGACGUUGAGGGAGGUCUCGAGUUCCUACCUCGUGCAUCGACCCUCUCGGACCCCUUCUUCAAGCACCGACCUGCUUCUCUACCUUCUCACCUUCCGAGCGUGACUAUCAUGUCUGUUGAUAUCCUCCCCUCAAGUCUUCCUCUCGAUGCUUCUCAGCAUUUUUGUGGGGUUUUAAUGCCGUAUUUACAUGCCCUGAUUGACGAAUACCGUGGUCGACCCGGCUCUCGCGAGCACCUUGAGGCCCUGAACGUUGCGACAAUUGCACGGAAUGGUGAGCUGCAAGGCAAGCAUCGUUGGCUGGCGGCGCCAGUUGAGAGGCGAGCCGUCGAGAUAGCGAGCAAGGCAGGAGUAACUGAGACACCGCUGAGGAAGAAGCGCGUGCUCAUGCUUGGCUCUGGAAUGGUUGCAGGCCCUGCUGUGCAAGAGAUCUGCAAGAGGUCUGACGUGGAUAUUACUGUUGCCAGCAACGUGCGCUCAGAAACAGAGGCUUUGACACGCAAAUACUCGAACGCGAAAGCGGCGUAUUUGGACGUGCACGAUGUUGUAGAGAUGGCAAGGUUGAUUCAAGAAGCCGAUGUUAUCAUUAGCUUGCUCCCGGUUCCCUUUCACCCUCCUGUAGCAGAGCUCUGCAUCCAGCACCGAAAGCACCUCGUGACGGCAUCGUACAUCUCGCCUGCCAUGCGAGCCUUACAUGAACGGGCUCAAUCAGCAGAUGUGCUUCUGCUAAACGAGAUUGGUCUCGACCCAGGGAUCGAUCACUGUUCUGCAUUAUCACUGCUUGCGCAGCUCAAGGGAGAAAAUAAGCGUGUGAUAUCAUUCACCUCGUUCUGUGGUGGCUUGCCUGCCCCUGAUUGUGCAGAUGUGCCCCUUGGGUACAAGUUCAGCUGGAGCCCGAGGGGUGUGCUUAACGCUGCGCUCAAUGGAGCAAGAUUUAAACUCAGUGGGAAGGAGAUGGAAAUUUCUGGAGAGAAUCUUCUCCAGGAAUAUUUCCCUGAUGUUCCAAUCUCGAAUGUCCUAAAGCUUGAGGGUCUUGCGAACCGAGACAGUCUUCCAUAUGCAGAGACGUAUGGGCUUGGAAAAGUCGAGAGUUUGCAGACUGUUCUCCGUGGAACUCUCAGAUACCCUGGGUUCUCUGAUUUGAUGCACGCCUUCAAGGUCAUAGGGCUGCUUGACAUUGAAAGCUCCAUUCAACUGCGCGAUUGGCGUGAUUUCGCACGGAUGUCUUUGGAGAACAAGAUCGGAGAGCAGAUCGGAAGUGAUCGCCGCUCGUUCUUGUCAGCCCUUUCCACCCUCAUGACCGUCGAGCUUGCGGAAAGCGCACAAAGUGCUCUGAACUGGCUGGGCCUUACUCCAGAGAACGUUCCAUGCAACACUCUCCCGGCAGUACCACCCAAACCACAAGCGCCGAUCGAACUUUUCACUUCGGUCCUCGCCCACAAGCUCAGAUACAACCCCGGGGAACGUGACAUGGUCGUGCUGUCGCACGAAGUUGUCGUUCAGCCGUCGCUCUCGUCUGUAGGUUCGGAAGUUCACACGUCGAGUUUAGUGGCGUAUGGCAAUUCUGAGGCAUCUGCGAUGGCGCGGUGUGUUGGGCUGCCUGUCGCUUUCGCUGCACUCGAGGUCUUGGACGGUUGCGUUCAGAUGCGCGGCGUACACGGGCCUACGGAUAAGAGUCUGUAUGGUGCUGUACUUGAUGGAUUAAAGGGAGCUGGGCUUGAGAUGAAGGAGUCGGUCAGCAAAGGCCCGGGAAUGGAGAGGGUGUUGGCAGAAGGACUCCGGGCACGCAGAAUAGCUUUUUGAACACUCUGGGACUCUCAGAGGGAUAUAUAUCACCGUACCAAACCGUAUAAUUGAUACUUAGUACCACCGUCAAUUCAACCUCAGUGUAUUCAAAAUGUCCAUGUCGAUUGCCAUAUUAUUUGAAGACUUGCCCAC